AUGGCUACUCCGAAUCUCAACAAUCUCUCCAUCAACGACGACGGCGAGGAUGAAGGCUUUUGUUUCGAUCUGGAGGAGGAUAGUAGUGAAGCGGCAGAUCUGAAGCUUUGUCUCAUUGGUAGGUUUCUGUGUGAUAAACUUGUCCAUGUGAUUUCUAUGAAGAGUAGAAUGGCAGAUAUCUGGAGAUCUGUAAAAGGUGUGGCUACCAAAGAAGCUGCAAAUGGUUUAUUCUUGUUCCAAUUUGAACACAAACUUGAUAUGGAGGCGGCUCUAAAUGGGGGUCCUUGGACUUAUGACAACCAUUUGAUGAUUUUGGAGAGAGUCAAGCUAGGCGUUCAAAUUGAAAACAUCCCUCUCUAUCAUGUCGAUUUCUGGGUGCAAGUUCAUCAUCUGCCAGCGGGGCUUAUGCUAGAAAAAGUUGGGAGAACUAUGGCAAACUACAUAGGUUCGUUCGUGGAAUAUGACAAGAAUAAUAACAGUAGUUUCUGGCGGCAGUAUAUAAGGAUUCGUGUUAAAAUUGAUGUGCGAAAACCGUUGAAACAAAAUACUAAAGUGAAGAACAGAGGAGGGGAGUGGUGUGUGGUAAAUUUUAAGUAUGAGAAGCUUAGCAUUUUCUGUUAUGUCUGUGGUAUUCUUGGGCACACUGAGCAGAGGUGUGAGGUUAGAUUUGAUAUGGCGGAAGAUGAUGGUGUUCGCGGUUGGUCAAAUGAUAUUCGUGCAGAAACUAGAAGGAAUAAUAGUUCUUCAUCAAAGUGGCUGAGACAAGAACAACCAGUGAAUCGUGGAAACAUGCAAAAGUCUGGUGCUGAAUCGGCGCGUGGAGGGGAAGCGCUAGGGAAGGAGAGUGGAAUUUUUCAGAAAGGAAUAAUUGCCUAG